AUGUCGAGAAUUUACUUUGGCAUUAUUGACAGCAAACUUAGGGCAAAAGCACGGUUCUCACCCAGACAAAAGGGCUUCAUGAACGAAUCUGGGUGCUUCAACAACAUCCACAUCCUCAAUGAGCUGCUGAGGCACUCAAAAGCCAAGAAUGGCCUGGUCGUAACGCAGCUGGACGUGUCCAAAGCAUUGAUACCGUGCCGCACCAAGCUAUAG